AUGCUCAUCAACUGCGGUCCGCUAUCGGACUUCGUGCAGGCACGCUACGUGAUCCAUCUCUCCACGGGGAAACGCUUGGUGCUUUUCCGUCUGCCGGCCAUCGACCCAUCAUGUUCGAAACCCAACGAGGCGCAAGGAUGGUCGUAUUUCUCCAUGGAAGCUGAGUGCCCACAUGCUGGCGGUCCAAUGGCUGAUUCCAGCGUGGACAUCGAGGAUUCAGCUUACGUCGUGUCGUGCCCGUGGCACGCCUACGAUUUCAAUGUAGAGACGGGUGAAUCGAGCGUCGGCAUCAAGGCCUGUACUUUUCCUGUGGAUGUUCGGGAUGGAUCAGUGGUGCUUAAUUUCCCCGUUGAGGAUGGCGGGAGUGUCUCCCUCGGCAGGAUCGAGCCUGUGAGCGAGAAGGUCAAACUGAAGCACGCGUGUCCUUCAGACAAGCCGGUCAACUCAACAGAGAAGCCUGCCAGUGAGAAACAGCAGCCACAACCUGCAUUUAUCCCGCACGACCUAGGACCCGCACACUAUCUGGAUGAAAAAGCGACAUUCUGUGACUGGGCAGUGCACAUCCUCAACACCGCAAACCCAGAACACAAAAUCGAACUCACAACCCACCUCUUCACGAUCUUCACAGCCCGCGAAGCAAGUUCCAAGCCCAUGGGCCUAGGCCGCGGCAAACUGCCCGCACCAAAUCAACCACCUCGCGAAAAAAUGGUCGAAGUCGAACCAGGCGCGAUGCCACGAACCGGCAAAGGUGGUACACUUAAAAGCCGAAUUGCAAUGCUCCACGCCCUAGCCAACAUCGAACUCUGGGCCAUCGACCUCGCAAUCGACAUCUGCGUACGCUUCGCAACCUUCCAAACCACUACAUCCAAACAACUCCCCCGCGCCUUCUUCCACGACUGGCUGAAAGUCGCCAGCGACGAAGCAAAGCACUUCUCGCUGCUCCGCACACGCAUCGAGGAAAUGGGCUCGUACUUCGGUGCCCUGCCAGUGCACCAUAGUCUGUGGCAGUCGGCGUUGGAAACGGCGCACGACCUGCGGUCCCGGAUUAGUAUUAUUGCGCUGGUGCAUGAGGCGCGCGGGUUGGAUGUUAAUCCGAUGACUAUUCAGAAGUUCCGCGUCGCGGGCGAUGUCGAGAGCGUGGGGGCUUUGGAGGUUAUUCAUAAUGAUGAGAUUACGCAUGUUACGACGGGCCAUCGGUGGUUGACUUGGAUUUGCGAUCAGGAGGGGACGGAUCCGGUGCAGGUGUUCCGGGCUAAUGUGUCGAAGCAUUUCCGGGGUGCAAUUCGGGGUCCAUUUAAUGAGGAGGCGAGGUUGCAGGCUGGUAUGGAUCGGAGGUAUUAUGAAAAUACGCCCUCGACUGGUUCUGGGAUCGCGGCUACGUGA